AUGGCUGUUGCACAUGCUUUUUAUGCUCAAGAUCAAGGUACAACAUUCAAUCUUGAGUAUGCAUGGGGAUUGUUAAAAGAUGAAGCUAAAUGGGGCAUCAUCGGAGAAUCGAUUGGAAAUUCUUCAAAAAUGACACAGACUUCUGCUAGUGGGGCAUCAUCGGAGAUCCCUGAUACACCUUCAAGUUAUGAGUUUAACUCAUCAUCACCAAUGGAGCGUCCAAUGGGACAAAAAGCAGCAAAAAGGAAGGGUAAGGCAAAGGAAAUUCCAAAUGCAACGCAAGAUGCAAGGAAUAAAAGAGCAGAAACAAUGGAAAGACUUGCGCAAAGUAAGGAGGACGUGAUAGAAUUAAAGGUAAUGCAAAUCAUGAUGAAAGACACUUCUACUAUGAAAGAAAGUCAACGAGAGAUUCAUGAAAAAUAUUGUACUAAAAUGAGAAAAAAAUAUGGACUGUAG